AGGGCGAAGCUAAGAGAGGUUUAUCCUUCGUGUGUAUGUGAUGUGAGCUGGGGAGGCAAAACCGGGGGUCCGUGGAGGCUGGUAUUGACGCGCGGCGCGGGUCACGAUUGAGCCGCGCGCUAUCUCGCUGGCACUUCUCAUGUCCCGUGAACUCAAAAAACAAACGAAGAAACAACGAAAAGAACAGAAAGAUAAUCGAACGGAUGAGAGUGAAAGAGAAAAAGAGUUCAGAGUCCCGAGUGUUGCGUGGGUCAAAACCUCGUUUCACACGUAAAUAUAUCCGAUGCAAUUGCGAUCUUUGAAUUCGGGAGGUUGUGCCUCGAUAGGUGGAUGAUAUCGAGUGACAUUGCGACGAACGUUUUCGAGAUGGGGAGAGCCGAGACUAACCGUGAAUGUUGGGGAUGUGUGGGAUAGGACUUUGGAGAUCUUUCAAACGAAGAUUAAAGCUCGGUGUGAUUUCACAAAGAUAAAAAUAAAAGUGUAUAAUCGUGUAAAACCCGUCAUUUAAAAUAUGAGCAUAAAUACGUGUAUAUAAUAAAUCGCAAAUAAUUAUAAUAAAGCUUAAAAUCAUUAUUUCAAGACGAGAGUCCAUACAUCGAUCGUGUUUUUCAACGCGAAACGCAUUUUCGGCAUUUUCGUAAGAUAAUUACUUCCCUGUCCCUUCCGCCCCUAACCUCCCCCCUCCCCAUCGUUCUGCUCCUUUUAUCUUGUUCUUCGAUUCGACAAGUGGUAAAACGAACGCUCGUGGCUGAUGCAUUUCUGGAUUAACAAGCCGGCGGGCAGGAACUACGGGUUUGGAGGCCGCAGAUAUCCUUGCGCCUCGUCCGGAUCGAAAGGACGCUGUGGUCAACGCGGUCGACGCGGAAGGGAAAUUGGACCGAUGGUCACUCCGGUUCAUCGUUUCCAAAGUCUCAACGGUGCAUCGGUUCCCGCUCACAACUGUCCUCCUGGCCCGAGUGUUCCGACCCGACCUCGUCAUCCUCGGCACCAACAUCAGCAACCGUCGCACCAGCAACAACAACAAUCGGAAAUAAAUCAGCCUCCGUCGUUGCAGCAGCAGCAGCAGCAGCAGCUCCCGCCUAUUCCGGACUUUGCCGUGGACGAAGAAACAACGGAUUCCGGAAUUACCCGGAUUCGUAGAUCACGUUCGAGCAUCGUCAUCAGCAAUAACGUUACGAACGCAGCUGCUGCUGCAGCUGCCGCCGCCUCUGGUGGCGGAAUCGUAAGUAGCAGCAGCGAGAGACCUGUCUUACCGAACGAGACAACGAACAACGGAGGCCUUAAUCGGGCGGGAUUUCUGGAUUUUUCCGAAAUAAGCGACACCGAAUUGGCGGGCUACAGGCUCAGGUGCGGCGUUUGGAUAACGUUCGUACUUGCGACCGGUUUCGUUUCGGUGGCUAAAUUCUAUUUCAGCAAUCGGGACGCUGGUCUCGAUAUGCUCAUAUUUUGCGGUCUUCUCUUCACCCUCCUGCUCUCCGGAUGUUGUUACUCGACGUUGUUUCGUCGUGCCCAAAGCCAUCUUCGACAUCAGGAACAUCUUGAGCCUGAAGAACAGCACAUUGCUACAUUGGCCGCUGCCCUCGAGACCGCGAGAGACGAGAAUGCUCAACACGUCAUUCAGCACCAGUUGAACCCUCGAGUGCAACAACAACAGUUGAAUCUACAGAUGCAGAUGCAGCAUCAGCUGCAACAGCAGCAACAACAAACGUCGCCCCUUCCACCACCCCCACCACCUCCUUACCACAUUGCCAUCCUUAUUCCCCCUCCCGAUUCCCCGGAAGAAGCCCCACCGCCCUCUUACGACAAAGCCAUGAACGAAGAUUCGACGAAUCAUACGCGUGUUUUGAUUUUCUCCAAAGACGACGAAAACUGAUUCUUCUCUCCCUCGCCCCUCUCUUCAACCACUAUACGGCGGUUCAAAAAUCAAUCGACGAAUCAUCAAGGAUAGCUGUGAUAAUUGCAGUAACUCUGUAUACGCCAAUCUUUAUACACUUAAACAAAUGAUUACAGCAACAAACACGAGCGGAAUCGAUGCUGCGUCAAUCGUUCAAAAUCAAUCACGCGUGCGUGCAGCGCCACCGUGCGGAUUAGCGUAUUUUUCCUUAUUAACUUUUUACAAAACGGGAUAUACGUUAAUUUUAUUUGAGCUGACAACGUUGCCUCAAAUUGCUUGGAAAUUCAAUGAAAAAUGUUCUUUUGUAUAAAAUAAUCGAGUUGCGAGAAGAAUUGCGUUGUACAUAAUGAACGUUGCCAAAAAAAACGACAUUGGAUUUCUCGUACUUUUUCUUUAUGAGGUUAUUUUCUUUCACUUCGUACGGGCAUGAGACUAAACUCGCGAUCCGAAACACACAAAAAUAUUGUUACAAGCCAACGAUUGUCUUCGACGGCCUACAAAACACACGGCUAUCCUGAUCCCGCCAGCCGAAAUCUACAGGUGCGUGCUCGACUUUCCUGCUGGGACGAUCCUUCCAAUUUGUGAUGUUUUUUUUUUUCUUGAGCAAGCCCAAGAAACAGAGAAGGAAUGAAAGAAGUUGGACACACGCACAAGUGAUAAAUUUAGAGAAUAAGUAUACCAUGUGUAUUACAAUAAUCGAUGACGCACGUUAAUAAUUCAUAGAGGACAAACGAAUGAACGAACGAAACACGAUAUGUAAACGGAUAUAAGCGAAAAAAAUCGAUUAAUUUUACGCGCGAAACUGUACAGAGAAAACGCUCCAGCUAAUAAAAGUCUUCAACGUC